AUGGCUCUGAGAUACGUCGCUGUGAAGAUAAUAGACAAAACACAACUGAACCCUACAAGUCUACAAAAGCUCUUUCGGGAAGUAAGGAUAAUGAAGAUCUUGAACCAUCCUAAUAUAGUUAAAUUAUUUGAGGUCAUUGAAACAGAGAAGACACUUUAUUUAGUAAUGGAAUAUGCCAGUGGAGGAGAAGUGUUUGACUACUUAGUUGCACAUGGGAGGAUGAAGGAAAAGGAGGCCAGAGCAAAAUUUCGUCAGAUUGUUUCUGCAGUGCAGUACUGUCAUCAAAAACGGAUUGUACACAGGGACCUGAAAGUAAGUGGCUCCAAAGGUCUAUUUUGUCCGUCAGUGUCGUUGUCACCUGAAUCAUGUAGACUACAGCACAAUCCUGGAGUUGCCUUGGGGAUGCAGCUUAGCUUGGCAGUAACUCUGAAACAUGUUGUGGCAUCACAAGCACAGAUCCGUCUUCCACACAAGUACGACGGGCCGGAGGUGGACGUCUGGAGCCUGGGCGUCAUCCUCUACACACUGGUCAGCGGCUCACUGCCCUUCGAUGGCCAGAACCUAAAGGAGCUGCGCGAAAGGGUGUUACGAGGGAAGUAUCGGAUCCCCUUCUACAUGUCCACGGACUGUGAAAACCUGCUGAAGAAGCUGCUAGUGCUCAAUCCUGUCAAACGAGGCAGCUUGGAACAAAUCAUGAAGGACAGGUGGAUGAAUGUCGGCUAUGAGGAAGAGGAGCUGAAGCCAUAUAUUGAACCAGAGCCAGAUUUCAGCGACACCAAAAGGAUAGUCACACUUCCAUUUGUCUUUCUCGGCCCGCAGUUUGAAGGAAGCGAGUCCUUGUCUAACAGCAACCUGUGUCAAAGGUCACGACCCAGCAGCGACCUCAACAACAGCUCCACGCAGUCUCCGGCCCACUCCAAGGUCCAGCGCAGCAUAUCGGCCAACCAGAAACAGCGGCGGUUCAGUGAUCAUGCUGGUCCCACCAUCCCCCCUGCAGUCUCCUAUACCAAGAGGGCUCAGGCCAACAGCGUGGAGAGCGACCAGAAGGAGGACUGGGAUCCGGCACGCAAGCUGGGCACCACUGGCUCCAAGAGCGACAUGCCCACCAGCCCCCUGGUGGUCCCGGAGAGGAAGAAGUCUGCCACAGCUCCAGGGAACAAUGUGCUUCCCGGAGGGGGGAUGACCCGCAGGAACACUUAUGUUUGUGAGCGCUCCAGCACCGACCGCUACUCCGCUAUUCCGAACGGCAAGGACAGCAGCCUGACCGAAAUGUCCGCUUGUGCAAGCAGCACCCCCUCCUCGGCGGCCGCGGCCCCCGCCAUGCCAUCCACCCGGCCGCGCCACGUCAAGUCCAUGUCUGCGUCGGGGCACCCCAUUAAAGUGGCCCUCCCCCCCAUCGAGGACGGGACCGAACCCUACCGGCCUGGGUGAGCUGGGGCACAUUUACCAAGUGGGAACUACGUGCAAGUGCGCUUCAAACCAAGAACAGGAGGCACUUCUUUACACAGAGGGUUGUGGGAGUAGGGAACAACCUCCCAGCCGUCCUUUAAAGCUGAUGGCCUCAACGCCACCUACAACGGGCCGCCCGCCUCGCCCACCCUGUCGCACGACACCGCCGCCCUCGCGCAGGCCCGCCGCGGCACCUCCACCGGCAUCAUCGGCAAGAUCACCUCCAAGUUCGUCCGCAGAACUCUAUCUUUCAGGUUGUCCAGAAGGGGUCCGAGCGAAGGGGAGGCCAGUGGCAGAAGUGACACCUCAAGAAGCACCUCAGGGGAGCCGAAGGACCGCGACAAGGAGGACGGCAAGGACUCGAAGCCGCGCUCCCUGAGGUUCACCUGGAGCAUGAAGACCACCAGCUCCAUGGAGCCCAGCGAGAUGAUGAGGGAGAUCCGCAAGGUGCUGGACGCCAACAACUGCGACUACGAGCAGCGCGAGCGCUUCCUGCUCUUCUGCGUCCACGGCGACGCCCGGCAGGACAACCUGGUCCAGUGGGAGAUGGAGGUGUGCAAGCUGCCCCGCCUCUCGCUCAACGGCGUGCGCUUCAAGAGGAUAUCAGGCACCUCCAUCGCCUUCAAGAACAUUGCCUCCAAGAUCGCCAACGAGCUGAAGCUGUGAAGCCCCCGCUUGAUGGCGGCUCUCCUCAGCGGGAUCAGGGUAGACUCCAGCUGUCCACCGUGUCGAAUGUACUGGUGUUUGAGGCUACUGCAGUGUGUCUGGCCAGUGGGGGAACAGAAAUCAAAAAAACAAAUGAGGAAAAAAACGAUUGUUCCCUUUCCACCCCCCGCCCCCCCCCCCCCCCCUCGCUGUGUGGAAAUAUCCCGGCUACAGUAACAGCCCUCAUCGCAAUAAAGUUCAAAGUCGGCUAUUAAUGAUCUGUAAGAUCCAGUUGCGAAUGCAGAUUUCUCAUAGACAAGGCAAACACUUCUCUUUUUCCACAUGUACAGGUAAAUAUGUAGAGCGUUCUGUUCACAGUUUUAUGUUCAUAACAUUGUAUAAUAUGAUAAUCUUAUAGCAUUAUAACACCUACAGGUCUUGUAUAGUUGUCUUGAUUUCUGUACAGAAAAAUGUAUGUUUUAUGUCUAAUACUGUGUAAUUUUUUUGAGCUUGAAGUUCUUCCCUAAUAUUGUCGUCAUCCGGUAGAUUGUUUAUCUCCGCCGUGUGUUUUUUUUUAAUAAAUGUUUUAAACUUAUUUUUAUUCUCAUAAGUCCAUUUUAAAAAAACACGUACACACAAAUGUAUUUCUUUUUUUUUCCCCCCUAUUUGGAGCCGCAGAGCUGUUACAAUAUUUGAGGACCGUGUAGAAUGUAUGUGUAUUGAACAGCAGGAGCCCUGUGCAUCCCGAGAACUCGGCUUUCCCCUUCAUUCCUUGGCAUUUUAAUCAUCUGAUUUCCCAGCCAAAAAAUAAAAAAAGCUCCAGAAAAAAAAGAUUGUAGAUUCAGUUGUAGCACUUUGAAAUAGAGAUGUCUAUUGAGUUUCUCCAUCAUCAGGUACAAGUGGAUAUUUUGACAGCUCUCAUACAGUUGCACAAGUCCUCAUCCUGCGUGAACGUCACUGUGGGAAACUGAUGUUCAUUGACAAAGGAUGAUCAUUUCUCUCCUGUAACCCUUUCCUGGCUGUGAGAGAUCAUACUUCCAUCUAUACCAGUAGCUCUUGAAUCACCUGUUCAGUGAUUGUACAGUUCCUUGUCCCGGUUUAACUUGUUUGUGCUGAAUAUUUUUAGCGGUUUUCUUGUAUUUAUUCCACCACAUUAAGCCUGUAAUGUGCUGCUUUGUAAUUAUGAGGCAUUCACCCAUAAGAAAUGAAAAAAAGGUAAUUAGGAAUUUUUUUGGUUUGAUUUAGGUUUUGCUUUCCCUUUGUAAUUAGUGAUUUAAAAAGUAUGUAAAACCACUAGUACUGGUACAUUUAUACUUGUUAUUUUGUACUGAAUUAACCGUUGAGGUUAACUGUGCAAUGCUAUUCCAUGUUGUAUUACUGUAAUACUGACAUUUGGUCCCCCAUUCACACACUUUCUUGUGAAAUGUAGGAAAUUUAUAAUUUAAAAUGCUAAAAAAGAAGCUGUGAUAAUCUCUGGAACCAUUAUGAAAUGGAAUGGACAUCUGUGUUGCCUUCCUGCAGGGGCAUUAUGGGAAAACAAGGAGGACUGUUUAUGCUGUGUUGUAGUGUGUGAUGUAGCUUCCUUCCUGUAAUGGUACUGUUCCAGAAUGGACAUUCAUUUUGUUGCCUUAGCAGAUAACAACGCUCAGAAGCAAAUCAAGAAGGUAAAAAUGUACCCACAAGCCCAAUCCCCUCCCCUUACCUAAUGUUCAUUUAAGGACAGUUUGAUGCAAGUCAUCUUGAUUCGGUAUCACUGGUGCACAAUAUUAAAACUUACUUGAAAGGAGUCUCAAA